AAUAAGUAUUUCAAUCAUUUUUUUCUGUUCCAUUCCAUUUAUAAAUCUAUUUCUAUGCAUCAAGCUAUUUGUUAUUUCUGAAGAGCUAUUUACUUGGUCACACUUUAAUACAGAUUACUCAGAAGUGUAAGAUUCUAGGCAAGUUUGGGUGCGUUUGGUAACAUAGGCAGUCAGUUAAUAUUGGGGAACCACCGCAAGAAGCUUGAAGUACUUGGAUCUUGACUACCAAAAUGUCUUUGACGUCUUCUACAUUUUGGUCGGAGCUUUUGAAAAAAGUUCUAAUUGCUAAUAAAAUGCAAACUAAUUUAGCUGACAUCGAAGCAGAAUUGCAGACAUUGCUGAAAGCAAAAUUGAGUACCAAAAUUCAAAUUUAUCUCUUCGGAUCACGCGUUUUGGGCAUUGCUCAGGAAACAUCCGACUUGGACAUUUUCGUUAAAUUUGAGGACAGCUUUUACGAAUACACCGACAAUCCACCGACUAGGAAGACCAUUGUGAGACAGGCAAUGAUUGCGAAAGUUUUCAAUUCACGUUGCAACUGGAAACGUAUUGAACAGCGCCGCGGCAGAUGUCCCAUAGUCAUCAUUCAAAAUAGAUUCACUGGCUUGCAGUGCGACAUAAAUUGCAGUGAUGCUUACGCCUACUUCCAGAAUAAGAUAGUCCUCUAUCUCUUCGAGUUGCAGCCGAUAGCUCGUUAUAUGAUUAUCUAUUUGAGAGACUGGAUAAGAAAACAUGGUCAGCAAGAUAUGUUCCGCAGCCAUCUACUUCUGCUGAUGCUCAUAUUCUUUUUGCAAAUUAGGGAACAUCUUCCAGGCAUUCAUGUGUUGCAGGCAGGGCUAAGCCCGCAGAUAGGACCUGUGAUUUGUGACUUCAACAAACUGAAAUCAUUGAACGAGCCAUGCCAAAUAGCUCUUACGGAGCAGAAUGUACGCGCACAGCUGAAAGAGUUUUUCAAAUUCUACGGCAGCUUCGACUUUGACCGAUAUGCGAUUUGCCCCUAUUUGGGAACGUAUGUGGAGCGCAGAUUCCUGAACGCGUCCAUGCCGAAAAGAUAUCAAAUGGUCAACAUGGACAGCAAGUUUACAAGAUUUACCGUGGCCAUUCAAGACUUCAUUCAUCUUAACUUUAACAAAGAACCUCUGCGUUUUGCACUUGAGCUGCCAAUUUGCGACGCUGUCACUCCAAACGUGAAGCCUUCUACAUAA